AUGUGCGAACUGUUAUUUAAAGGUACGUACUACAGUAAUCCGAAGCUACAGUAACCCGGAAUUGCUCAUGUUAAAAAUAUGACUGGGAAGCUUCCUUUAACCAGAAAAUCCAAAAUUUUGAGGCAUUGCUCAUAUUAACUUUCUUAGAAGCAUAUUUGGUAUCAAAAUUCUCCAAAUUUUCUCCUCUACAGUACCCCAGCUACAGUAACCCAAUGGGUUUUUUUUGCAGAAAAAUUCGUCGAAAAAUGGCUACUCGUGAUUUUGUUGGCCUUUUCGACAUGGUCGAUUUUUUGUUGCAAAAAAUCGAAAGGAAAGGAUAAGAAGAAGCAGAAGAUGUUGAAUAAAACGGUGAGCAAGAAUUACUGUAGAUCUACAGUAACCCGAGGGGUACUGUAGAUGGAAAAUUUGCGAUUUUUUGACACCAAAUAUGCCUAGGCGAAAAUUGUGGCCUAGAAAUCCAAAUUUUGAGCUCAGAAGCUUAAAAAUAGCCUAGAAAUCCAAAUUUUGGCCUCAGAAGCUUGAAAAUGACCUAGAAAUCCAAAUUUCGAGCUCAGGAGCUCAAAAAUGGCCUAGAAAUCCAAAUUUUGAGCUCAGAAGCUUAAAAAUGGCCUAGAAAUCCAAAUUUUGAGCUCAGAAGCUUAAAAAUGGCCUAGAAAUCCAAAUUUUGAGCUCAGAAGCUUAAAAAUGGCCUAGAAAUCCAAAUUUCGAGCUCAGAAGCUUAAAAAUGACCUAGAAAUCCAAAUUUUGAGCUCAGAAGCUUGAAAAUGGCCUAGAAAUCCAAAUUUUGAGCUUAUAAGCUUAAAAAUGGCCUAGAAAUCCAAAUUUUGAGCUCAGGAGCUUAAAAAUGGCCUAGAAAUCCAAAUUUUGAGCUCAGAAGCUAAAAAAUGGCCUAGAAAUCCAAAUUUUGAGCUCACGAGCUUAAAAUUGGCCUAGAAAUCCAAAUUUUUGCAGGGAAGCGAAGCCGACCAACAACCGCCAGUCAAAAAACCAUCCGGAGCAUCGUUUCCGGACGCGGUAGCGGAAGGUCCGCCGCCUGCGGCACCUGCGGUCGCCGCCGAUCCCUCACCGAUGCCUUCACCAGCUCUUCCGGCUCCGCAAGCUCCUCCACCACCUCCAGCUGCUCCAGUAGAACCUGCUCCGCAAGCUCCGCCUCCCGCAAUGCCGCAAGAUCCGCCGCCUGCGGCGCCGCCCGGCGGCGAACCCGCGUCACAACAACAACAAAAUGGAGGAUCGAUGAAGGGAGGUGAAGAGUAUAAGGUGAGCAAUGUUGCUUAGCAUGAGCAAUGUUAGGCAUUUUCAUUAAAGGAAGCUAUUAGGACACAUCUUAAUAUGAGCAAUGCAUCCAAUUUUUGGUUUUUAGCCCUAAUAUGAGCAAUGGGGGGUACUUAGGAUUGCUCAGAUUAGGAAUUUUUCUUAAAGGAAGCCUAUGAGACAGUUAAUAUGAGCAAUAUCCUGAAAUUUUGGAUUUUUUGGUUAAAGAAAGCCUCCUAGAUAUAUUUUUAACAUGAGCAAUGUCUCAAAAAACAUACCAUUGCUCAUAUUAACAAUUUUCUCAAAGGAAGCCUAUAAGACAGUUAAUAUGAGCAAUAUAUCUAAAUUUUGGAUUUUCUGGUUAAAGAAAGCCUCCUAGUUAUAUUCUUAACAUGAGCAAUACCUCAAAAAAUCAUAGGAUUGCUCAUAUUAAGCACCCCCAUCAUGUUUAGACUCUUUCUGCGUCAAAUUUUUCGGCAAAAAUCAUGGCAUUGCUCAUGUUAAACAAUUUUCAGCCACCACCGGAAGCCGAACGACCAAAACAUCCGGGAUUCGAGGCGCCUGUGGAGGACACACGCUCCACAAAAACCCACGUUCAAGUCGACAAAUUUGCCGAUGCUUCGGAUUUUGUUUGA